ACUAUUACUUCGUCAUUGUUUAAAAUAAACAAUGAUUAAUUUACAAUUCCUUGAACACUAGCUUUACAAAAAUGUCACUCAUUUCUUUAUUUCUUUUUAUUUUCACAUUUCUAUCUUAGUUUUCCUGACACUUGUUUGUGCUUUCUAUCCAAACCUUGUUGAUGUUCAUUCAUUCCUAGGAUGGAUGAACCAAAGCCUUUGUCCGGUGUCCAAAACAAACGACUAGUCCAGGAAGAAGUUAUGAGCUCAGUGUCAUCUCAAAGAACUUCCACUUGUCCUAAAACGGGAGUUUUUCAUGAAGUUUGUAGAGAAUGGCUUGUUAUUGAAGAUGGUGCUUUAGCACAUCAGCUUCAAGAUCAAGAAAUUGCAGCUCAUUAUGGACACAAUCGAGAGAGAAAUCGUAUAGUCAGAGGAGAUGUCUCUCAAGCACGUACUGAACAAGAGGAUGAAUUAAAACAAGCACUUGCUUUGCAACAGUUUCAACAAGAGCUACGACUGCAACAAGAAAGAGAAGAUGAAGAAGCUGCAAAACAAUUAGCAGAAGAGUUAGAAAGAGAAGAAGAACUUCAAAGGCGCAGAAGAGUUAUUCAAGAUGAAAAGCUUGCUCAGAAGCUACAGAUCGCUGCAAUUUCCAAGCCUAUUGGGAAAUCGCAUAUUUCAGAUAAAGAGUUGCGUUCCAACUCGGUGGAACCUCUUUGUUCUUCAAUAAAAAUGCUAGAUAUGAAUCAACCGAUGUCGGAGGAAGAAGCUCGCGAGUGGCAAGAACGUUGUGAUGCAGAAAUGGCUAGAAAACUACAACAAGAAGAAGAAGAAGAAUCUAAAUUCCGGAGAGACGUGACUGAUUUGAGCAGAAAACUGGCUAUCGAGGCAAAAGAUUUAGAGCUGGCUCGUAUUCUGCAAGAAAAGGAAAAGGCUCGCCUCCGUAAAGCCAAAGAAAAAGCCCGUCUUAAAGCGCAACAAGCCCAACUAGCACAACUGUCUCAGCAAAAUCAACACGGUCAACAAAUAACUUCCGGGGUGGAAAACCACAAUCGGCAACAAAGCCCUUUUUGUGUUCCCGAAACUCAAAAUAUUGCAGCGUGCAUUGAUCCAACUUGGAGCCGGAGGUAUUGUAAUCCGGAAAUUCGCCCUGAAUCCGGACAAAGGACACAAAUUCCGAUAACCGAUCUAGAUUUCCCAGCACCCGUUCAACCAAUAGUUUCUGGUCAUCGUCGAACUUCCAGUGUAUCUCGAUCAGAAUCACCUGCUGCUGAACCGUCUAAUAACGUAGAACAAUCUCGUAACAAAUCUCGAAAAGGAUGUUCUCACCAAUGAUUGAAAACGACUUACUUUACAACCUUGUCACUAUAACUGUUUAACUAAUCUUACUAAUAUCGAUCUGAAAUCGUAACAUUUCACAACUUAUUGCUUUAUUACGACCCCAAGAAUCAUGUGUCACCAUUUUGGGGGUGAUUUAUCUUAUUUUAUUUUUUAUUAUUCCAAUAUGUAUUAUUAUUCAGUGUUUACUUUUUGACAUUUUUACUUCAUUUUGCGUAAACCAAUGUAAACAUUUGGUUGCCUUACUCUACUUCUCAUUCGUUGACAUGUAAUAACGGUUACGGUGUUGAAGUCGAUGAGAUUUGAAUUUCAUGUGUUCCGUCCAAUAACAUUUUUGCCUUCCACUAAAUUUGCACGAGGACCAAUUUUGACUGAUCUAUUUACACUCAACUUUUUUGGAAAUUUCUCCCAUCUUCAGCCAAACAUAAUGUCACAUGGUGAAAACCUAAGCUUGAAGGUUUAAUAACUUGCAUCUAAAAAUAAACGGAUUUAUUAGUUCUUUAAA